GGAUAAGAUUUUUCAUGGAUAGAAUGCGCGGGGUAUCAGGGGUAAAUUUAGCAUACAAAGUAAUUUUCUGCUACAGACCUUUACCUCAUCCCCACUAUGUUUUGAGCCCUUUCGAUUUUUUUAAAUUAAUUUUCUAUCGCUUGUUGUUCUUCAAAAGUUUCCCUACGGUUAGUGACAGUGCAGUGGCGUGACCAUAGUCAUGUGAUCAUCGAUGAUAUGGGCUACUUCCGAUUUCGUUUACCAGGAGGACAAAGAUCCCAUGUGAGCCUCUUCAAAGUUUUAAUCAUUGGCCCGCAGGAGUGAAUAUUGAGCCUCUUUGAAUUUCUUUUAUCGUUCGUGCAGGAGUGACAUUUUCGUGCGUCGUGACACCAUGUCGACUUUUCCAGUUCUUCAGGAAAGUGAAGGGGAGUGGACUUCAGAUAAAACUGUUGAAAUCUUGGGAUUAAGAAUUCCUGCAUAUUUCGUCCCGGAUCCUCAGUUGCUUCAUGACUUUAUUACUGGUUUUCAGACCAGACGGGACGAUGUGUUCGUUGUAAGCUAUCCCAAAUCAGGUGAGUUGUGUCUACUGACAACGUUUGUUUGUGUCUUUCAUAAGAUAGAUGACCCCUCGCGUAAAAUGGCGGUCAAUCUGACUAAAUGUUUGCUACACAUGAGUAAAUGAGGGACUUUAUUGCGUUCGACAAAGGAGAACGCAUACUAAUCGUGGCUCAACGCAGCAGCCAAGCCUACUGAAUUUGUGCCCAAGCCUUUUCUUGCUUGCGUGACCUUUUUUGUUACACUGGAGAAUACAAGGAACUUCGGCGUGUAGUAAACACAAGCUCAAAUUUUUAAAGCAGCAAAGAGAAAAACGUUUUGAGACCGAAAGGUAAGUAAGUAAGUAUUUUAGUGUUUUACAACCUAAAUUUAAUUUUUUGCUUUGUAAUUUUACAACGUACAAUAAAUUGUCAAAUCAAUAACUCGAAAAGCUUUCAGCUAAAAUUUAACUCAUUAUUAAUAACCUUAUACUUCCUUGAUCUGAUAUCUCAAUUAGCGAUAACACCAAAAAUCAUUUGCUUUCGUGGAAUAUACUAUAUGUAUACCUAACUUGUUGAAGUACGUUGUCAUGAAAUAAUGCACUCUGAGCAACAAUUAAUCUGAUUGCACAAAACUGGGCUAAUGUUUAAAUUGUUCCCUGGACUGCCUCAACAUCUGAGACAACUUUGAACGGAGCGCAGCGAGAUAAGGUAAUAUUCUUUCCCGCGAAAACUACAAAAAAAAUUGGGUUAAUAGAUGACUUCCCGUUUGUUUUUCUUGUGCAAGUGACAAAAAUGUUCCCUUCCUUGUCUCCCCCCCCCAUCGCACUUCAACCAGUUGGGGGAGGGGAGUAUAGAAUUGUAAACAAACCAUAAGAAGGCUUGGUUACCUAAUUGAGCCUGGUAUCUAAGCUUCAGAAAGUGAAUCCGAAAAAAAAUUUAUGCGGGCGGACUGGCUGGCUGGCUAUGUGGCACAAACAGCCUCAAUCUCAUGUACUAAUGUUUUCUUGGCUGCCUUGAGCUGAAGACACCAACUUUUCUUUUGUGCCAUCAGUACAAUAAAAAAAAACUUUUACUAGAGAUUGAAUGCACCUUAGUAAUCUUUGAUUAUUACUAGUAAGUGAGAUUAUUCGCAGUAAAUAAGAUUUGUCAUAAAUAAGAUUUCAUGAAGUUUUGGAACUGGAGGUAGUUAGAAGUUACAUUGGUAACCAGUAUUCCAAUUCCCCUUCACCUGAAGGAACAUUAUGAUAAAUUAUUAUCCUAUUUGUCAUACCAAAUAAAAUAUGAACAAAUUAAGAUAGACAGGUUCUAUCAUACCCAUAUCAGGGUGAAGCAGCCAGACAUGAUGGCUUGAUGGCCAGUUGUCUGAAUCCCAAGAUCAAUGGUCCAUUUGAAAAACCUUGACCUGAGUUUCAUUGUGUAGUUUUCUUGGGCAAGUUACUGCACCUUUACAUUUCCCUUCUCCAUCUGGGCGUAUAAAUAAGUGUCAUCUUCCCACCAUGUUGACAUUUGGAUUCAUAGAUUGUCUAAAUCUGUGCUUAGGUCAUUCAAAAUGAUAAAGCCAAAAUAUGCCUGUCUUCGUUUUUAUUCAUUUUGUUAUCAUUUUUUUUCUUUCAUUGACUUUAAUACUGAAUACUGUGAGGUUUCUCUGGCCAUGCUGUAAGAGGCAAUGUGAGGUAUUGAAUUAGUUAAAUUCUGUAUUUGUCCAAGGGACUACCUGGGUUCAAGAAAUUGUCUGGCAGAUUUAUCACAAUGGAGAAAUCAACAGUGGUAAAAUUGAAGAUCGUGUCCCAUUUGUGGAAGAGGCAACCAACCCAAAGUCAACUCAGCCUGACAUUAAAACUUUACCAAGCCCUCGUCUUCUAAAGACCCACCUCUCUUAUGAAGCCAUCCCUAAAGCUAAAAACAAGGACACAAGCUGUAAAUAUAUUUACAUUGCUCGUAAUCCUAAAGAUGCAGCAGUCUCAAGUUAUAAAUUUAUGAAAAGCCUUGGAUCCUCUACAGGAUUGAAUGCACCAUGGGAAUAUUAUGUGAAGCUGUUUAUUGAGGGCAAAAGUAAGCACAUCACCUUUCAGAGUUUUGUUUGCACUGAUUAGGUGAUUACUGUUUAAUACAUCCUAAUGUUUACAAAAAUUAUAGAAUUCAAACGUAGGUAGCUGAAGGCCAGAGAAGAAAAGAUAUAAGACUGCUUGGCAUCAGCAACAUUGCAGAAACCAGUUCCUUCAAUUUAUUACUUGAUACAUUUUACCGAGGUAUUUGUGCCACAGAAGAAGAUGUAUUUGCAUGAAUUUCCAACCUACCACCAGCUUUCCAGUAAUGACAGUUGUCCCUUUAUUGGUGCUUGGCUUUAGGAAUUUGCCAAUGUACUGAUCCAUAUGCCAACAUAAUGUCCCAGACCCUCUUUCUCCUUAAUUGCAGAUGUUUUUCAAAACAUUAUCUAGCUUCUUGAAAUAAAGAUUUCAGAAGAUUUCAAGCCAGAAUAAUGAAAAAAUGAUGCUAUUUUUUGGGCUGGUUAAAUGAUUAUUAGGCAACCCCAGCCUAACUUUUAUUCAGGAGACACAUCUAUUCAGAGGACACUUGCCUGGGUCCCAGAAUGGAGGUUUUACUGCCUUAAAUUUGGUUAGACUAGGGAUAAUUCUCUGAGGAAUUAACUUCAGUGUCAUUUAUCUCUUUUAUAUUUUAAUUCAUUACGUAGCCAUGUGGAGCCAGUGGAGUAAUCAUGUUCUUGGAUGGUGGGAGCACAGACAUGAUCCUAAUGUUCUUUUCCUUAAAUAUGAAGACCUUCAAAAGGUAUGUGCAUUCAAAUUAUGUUUACCCUCAGUUUUGCAGUGGAUGACUGGUUGUUUGUUGGAGCACUGUGAGUCCAGCUUUACAUUGGAUUUGGUAAGUGCAAAAUAUACAAGUAACAAUAGUAACAGCAAUGAAAAUGACAACCAAAAUUAGAUUAACAGCUGUAAGAAAAACAUUUUCAAACCUUAAUGAAUAAACAAAAGUGGACUUUUUAUGAACAUUUCAACUUUUUGAACAUAUUAUUAAAUGUAUGAGAAGAGUUUGAUAGAUGCCCACAAUUACUCAUGGAAAGCAAAAAUUGAAGUCAGAUAAUGCAAUCAAGCAAAUUAAAUUGCCUUUAAUGCAAAAGUUUAGCUUGCAUCAUACAGUUAACUCUCUGUUUAUGGAGAGACACCUGUAAAAGAUGUUCCCCCUAUAUUUUUUCAUUCAUUUUUUGUACCUUUUAUUUUGUAUUUUUUAUAUGGAAAAUAACACUUUGAAAUAGUUGACAGCUAUCUAACAUAAAGGGUCAUCUAUCUAAUGAAUUCAAAGAUACUUGUAACAAUGAGAAUGAAGAUGCUUAACAAUACAACAUUUGAUUCAGAGAAGCAAAAUUGUACACCACAGUGAUAAGACUUAAUAUUAAAUAAGAUGUUUUUUUCUAACUGCUCAUACUGCUCAAUGACUUUUACUUUAUGUACCUAGGUUUAGCUUCAUUUUCUCUUAACUACUAGUGUCGUGCCAUUUUGAACCCUCUAUUUUGGUCACCUCUUAAAGAGGAGUAAUUUAGGGGUUUGUUGUGAUGGUUAUGUUACACUUUUAGUCAAUUUUACUCUAUUUCAAUUCUAUUGCACAUUUGCAUGGCAUGCUAAGUUGUUAUAAGUAAUACAAUUUAUGUUCCUUAUUCUAACCACACCUCAGCUAGCUGUUUCCCUGAACCUGAAAACAAGGAUAAGUUGAACAUUCCCAUCUCCAUUUACCCUCCUUUUUGCAGCUAGUUUGGCCAGCCUAAUAUGAGAAAAAGGGAGAGUCUGUGCUAUAAUUGUAGUUGAUCAUGAGAUUCUAAGUAUCUAUUCUAAAAGAUGGAUUGAUAAUGAAGGAGUGAUUAUAUUUCCCAGGAUCUCCUGUCCAAUGUUCGUAUAAUUGCUGAUUUCCUUAACAAGCCUUUGCCAGAUGAUCUCGCCAAUCUCAUUGCUGAGCAGUGCACUUUUAAAGGAAUGAUGAAGAAUGUUCAAAGUUACUUGUUACGAGGCAAGGAAGAUGGUCCAAAGCUUCUCCAGAAGGGUGUGGUUGGUAACUGGAAGGAACACUUCACCCCAGAGUUGAACGAGAGAUUUGAGAAGGAAGUAAUGGCAAAAUUGAAAGGAUCUGGACUUGAGUUGGACUUUGAACUGUGACACAUCAUAAUUUUCUGCUGUGCAUGGGCACUAUGAAAGUUAUCAUCUGUCUCAAACUGUCAUAACUUAUGUCAUUCCAGUCUAGUGGUCAAAAUGAAGAGUCUGCAUUUGCAGAGUGACAUAUCUUUGAGGGAAAGAUCUUUCAACUAAUUAAAAGUUAAUUUCAAUUACACACCACAGAUACUUAAUCGGGCUGAACCCCUGAUCUUGACGAAUGCUCAGUGUAUUUUCCCUAAUGUGGAUAUUUUCGUUUAGGACUUCUUUUGUUGACUUUGCCAUCAGAGUGUUUUUUAGGUGGAGGACAGAGAGAACCAGAUAAAGACUCUGUUAAGAGGCUGUCUCUCUUAUUUCCACCGGGUCAAUUUUGCAUCAAAAAUAAUUUUACCUGAAACUCUGUCAACAGAAAGACUUUACCUAGGAAAGAACUAAAUUAGAUUUGGUUUGAUUCGAAAUAAUUUUCUGACCGCAUUAGGGGCCAUAAUUAUUUGCCAGUCCGUAGGAUCGUCGCAACGUCUCGAAAAUUGAAAAAUAGGCAUAUUUUGUAACAUUGUAAAAUAUUUGAUUGGCAUAGUUAAGCCACAGAAUUUAUAUCAGAUUGCUUAAAAACCUUUCUAGUUUGCCAAGAAAGUUAGAAUUUUCCCUCUCAAUAUAUUUGAAAAGGCGAAUUUUAGCAUAUUCUGACCACUAGAAAUCGCCAUCGGCCGAUGGCCGUAAAUAACCUUGAUUUAGACGUUAAGUUUUGGGAUUUGGGACCUGUUUGACAAUUCUACCCUACACAGCCGUUAAGUUUAGACCUUUAUAGACAAAAAUAUGCAAAAACGCCUGUACGUUUUCGAUUUUUCAAAAGCUAUGACCGUUUGAACCAGCACAUGUACGAGCAUUCCCAAUUUUUUCACCUACACCAAAAUCGAACCACUGGAGUAGAUUUCGUCAUAAAUACACUUUACCUUCGGUGCAUCUUGGGUUUAUGUGAAAUUUCAGAUAUUCCUCGCUCCCCAAACUGGUGAACUUUAUGAUAACUCCGGCAAGUAACUCCAAAAUUCAGCGGUCGGCAUCUAUCGAUACUCUUCUUUGACUCGUUGUUGCGAACUAAACUCGAAAACUAAAGCCAUGUUUCGCGCUUAAUGUCCCGUUGAAACUUUGGAUUGCAGCUGCAUUCUCUUCAAGAAUCAGUCAUAGAACUCCACUUGUAAGUCUUUGUGUCGAAGUUUGGGGUUUUGGAAUUUAAAGCUGAACGAUUGCACUGUCGCGCAUAACAGAGGUCCGCAUUAACCAUUGGGGGUGAACCCGCUGACCCUUUAUUUUUUUUGGAAGGCCUGCAAGUGUAGUAUGGCAUACAAGUGCUUUUUCAGCGAGGUUGUUAAAGCUUUCAGAAUGUAGAGGUGAUAUCAAUGAUCAUCUACAAGCGUGUCACUUAGGUCAGCUUAAAGGAACGGUACAAGAAUAUGAGCUUAUCGUUAACAGGUCAAGGUUGCCACACGACCUUUACCCUGAGUGUUCUUUGAUUCGUCGACUAUGCUCACUGCAGUUGUUGUUCCCUUCACUGGGUGUUGCGUCAAUGCAUCUCUCAUGUCCAAGGCAGUUAGAACAUCGUGCCCUUCGUUGCAGUAAGCACGAAUAGAGGACUUCAUUGGCGAAUCAAAGAACACUCUCUGUACAAAUAAGAUUGAGCAUUUUAGUAGCUUCCACAACUUCGAAUAUGGAGAUACCAGUCUGAGAGUUUGGAAAUGUUAUGGCAUCGGUAAAGGGAAGUACAGUCCAUAUGACGUAAUUUAUAUCAAGCACCAAGGUCAAACGUCCCUUCAAACCAUAGAAUCUCAAGGUUUUAUGAUCCUCUUGAAAAGCGUGUGGUCAAGCGUCGUUCAAAGGGCAGCAAGGAAACAGAGAGUACAACGCCAUUGUUUGAAUGCUCUGUGUUUGGAUGUGUUGAAGUAUUCGAAACCUUUUCGCAGCUAGAGCUGCACCUGGACGUUGGAAAGCAUACAGUCAGCAGGUUAAGACAGUAUGAUGCAAUCAAAAGGGACUGGGCCCUUAAGUUCUCGUCGAUAGAUACCGCUGGUAUCGAGUGUUCGAGCUGUUCGUUAGAUUCCAGUACACCACUCACUUCUCCCGUGGAUACUUCGCCCUACUCGUCUCUACGAACAGGAUGGGCCGUAAGCAAACCAAGGGGCAGCGUUAGAUUUUCAGAGAAGGUAAAAGAAUACCUAACGGCACGGUUUACACUUGGAGAAAGAACUGGGCGGAAGGUAGACCCCGCCCAAGUUGCAGUGGACAUGCAAAAUGCGAAAAAGGGAAUCAAAUGCACGUUUGUUCACUAGAGAACAGUGGCUGACAAAGAGCCAAGUCAGAGGUAUUUCUCCCAGCUAGCAGCAAUGCUGCGAAAAGAUCAGGGUGUGAUCGGGAUAUCGCUGGAUGAGGAGGAAGAUGUCCAAUGCGUCCAGGAAAAUUCAAGAGAGACAAGAUCUGGUAGACAAAGUUAACAAAGAGAUCAAAGUCUCACAUCCAGUCUGCUACGAUGCGUAGGACUUCUUUGAACGUUACCACAGUAACACACUUCAGAAAUUCAAUGUGGUUUUGUUGAGAGCCAUCUGUAGUCAUUUUGAGAUCCCUGUAAAAUUGAGAGACAAAAAACAGAUUCUCAUAGACAAACUGUCGAACGUGAUUAGUGAUUGUCAAUGUGUUUCUGAGUAGACUUAUGUAAACAAUGUCUUAUACGGUGGCUGAAAGUGUAGAAUAUGCUCUACAGAUACAAACUACCUUUAGUUCCGAUAUCAAGUUUUUGACGGCGUUGUUAUAGUGUAAUAUAUUAUAAUAUCUAGUAG